AUGAGAAGGUUCGAAUACUGUUUUCCUCGAAAAUCGUCGAAAUUUAAAAACUGUCAAAAAUUCUUUUUCUUAAGCGAAUCUGUCAUCAUUUUAAAGAUUAAAGUUUACGAUGGAAAAGAUGGUAUUCCUGGUACAGCGGGUCCUCAAGGUGAGCCCGGUACUCCAGCAGUGGUCACAGAGAAUAUGCUCAAGGUGGAAAAAGGUGAUAAAGGUGCGCGAGGUUUGGUAGGAAGAGAUGGUCCGCCUGGACCUCCAGGUCCGCUUGGAGAGAAAGGCGCUAUGGGAUUUGAAGGUUUCCCAGGACCCAAGGGCACUGCUGGAGAUCGUGGGUUCCCUGGGCAAGAUGGUAUUCCCGGAAGACCAGGUAUUCCCGGUCGGAAAGGCGAACCUGGUAUUAGCGUGAAAGGGGAGCCUGGAGAACCAGGCCGAACAGGUGAAGCUGGUCAGAAGGGUGAACCUGGUCAAUACGGAGACAAAGGAGAACCCGGUCAUUGUCCAAUACCCUUUGAUUUAAUCAACGCCAAGGGUGACAGGGGCGCCCCUGGUGAAAAAGGAGAGCCAGGACCGCCAGGCAGAGAUGGGUUAAGCGGUGACAAAGGUUUACAAGGUUUUUCGGGUUCACCUGGACCACCAGGCCCGCCUGGGGAAGCUGGCUUGGUUGGACCAAGAGGGUUACCAGGUCAGCGUGGUGACAAGGGGAACAUGGGACCGAUGGGUUUCCCCGGAGAACCGGGUCGCGAAGGACCCAGAGGUUUCCCAGGCACUCCGGGUUUCAAAGGAGGGAAAGGCGAACCUGGUAUAUCGGUGAAGGGCAGUCCCGGAUUUCCUGGCCCGCCGGGUAUAAAGGGAGAGAAAGGUCUUCCGGGACCACCGGGAAAAGAUGGCCCUCCUGGCCUGCCAGGUCUGCCAGGAUUUACCGGGGAGAAGGGCGACGCGGGACUGCCAGGAAUAAGCGGUUUACCCGGUAUACCGGGAGAGAAGGGUGACACUGGUCCUAUUGGACCUCCAGGACCACCUGGUGUUGCUGGAACUCCUGGUAUAGACGGAAGUAAAGGUGAACCGGGAUUCCCAGGCGAGACUGGCAAACCAGGACUGCCGGGAUUCCCAGGUGCGAAAGGUGAUCGCGGUGAGCCGGGUAUGGACGGACCGAAAGGUUUCCCGGGAAGACGAGGCUCGCCUGGUCUAUCAGGCAGGCCUGGUAUAGAAGGAGCGUUUGGUCUGAAAGGAGAACGCGGCGACAAAGGCAACCCUGGUUUCCCCGGGUUGCCUGGAAAGGAAGGGAAACCUGGUCGCCCUGGAUUGCCUGGACUGAAAGGAAACCUAGGUCCUGCUGGUCCAGUCGGUCUUCCUGGUUCUAUCGGAUUCCAAGGACCUAAAGGUGAUGAAGGUCUACCGGGAUUGCCAGGACGCAAAGGAGAGCCAGGACGAGUCUCGGAGAAGGGACAGAAGGGUGAGCCAGGAAUGCCGGGAAUCCGUGGUCCCAGCGGCCCUCCCGGUAGAGACGGUUUCGACGGAGAAAAAGGAGAUCACGGAUUGCCGUGUGCUUGUCAGAACGGAGAGCCAGGUUUCAAGGGAGAGCCUGGUCUGCCAGGUCGCGACGGUUUGCCAGGAUCUAUGGGACCGAAAGGUGACGCUGGAGUGAGAGGUUUCCCCGGUCCCAAAGGAGAUAUAGGACCAAUUGGCGCACCAGGUGAACCCGGAACACCUGGAAUCGACGGAUUACCGGGCGAACGAGGUGACAUAGGUCCUCAGGGUCCGCCCGGUUUCCCUGGUCUUGACGGUGAAAUGGGACCUCCAGGACGUCCUGGACUCAACGGUAUCAAAGGAGAUCGCGGUUUCCCAGGUGCCGUUGGCGAGCCUGGUAUCACUGGUGCACUUGGGGAGAAAGGUGACCGGGGGCAGCCUGGGCCGACAAUUUCGAUCAAAGGCGAGAAAGGUGAACCCGGUAUGCCAGGAUUGCGAGGUAUAGUCGGUGAGAAAGGAGACCGUGGCGAAGAGGGUCUGGUUGGUUACGACGGUGAGAAAGGAGACAGAGGAGCGCCAGGUCCCGUCGGAAAUCCAGGACCACCAGGUCUUUCUGGACCUAAAGGCGACGAAGGUCCACGUGGACCCACAGGACUUCCUGGAUUGACUGUCAAGGGCGAGAAAGGUCUGCCAGGUCUGCCUGGGAAGCACGGACGAGAGGGAAUACCAGGACGACCGGGAGAGAAAGGAGAACGAGGAUUACCUGGCUUACCAGGACCCAAAGGAGAUCAGGGAGCUUACGGUCCUAUUGGGCCACAGGGCGAGAAGGGUGACAUGGGACUUAUGGGUCCUCCUGGUUUACCGGGUCGGGAUGGAAAACCAGGUGAGAGAGGACUGCCGGGCUUGUAUGGCGAGAAGGGCCAGAAAGGUAAAGAGGGUCCUCCUGGAGCGCCUGGUUAUACGGGACCAAAGGGAGAACCAGGAUUCCCAGGAUUGAGCGGAAGGGAUGGUCUGCCUGGUGACAAAGGUGAGCGAGGUGUGCCUGGUGUACCUUGCUUGCCCGGUAUACCGGGAGAGAAGGGUGACAGAGGGUUCCCAGGUCCAGUGGGAAGAAUAGGCGCUGUUGGCUUUGUUGGUCAGAAGGGUGACAAGGGUGACGAUUGCAUCGAGCCACCGAUGGGACCGAAGGGAGACCGCGGUUAUCCUGGCCUUCAAGGACCCGUGGGUGUCCCAGGUCUGCCGGGAGAGCCAGGCCAACCGUGCCAACUUGCGUCUGACUAUCUCACCGGUAUAUUGUUGGUGAAACACAGUCAAACCUCUGAAGUGCCACUUUGCAACGCAGGUCACAUCAAAUUGUGGGAGGGUUACAGCAUGUUAUCCACGGAUGGCAAUGAAAGAUCACACUCGCAAGAUCUAGGCAAGUAUCGAAGUUUCUACUCGUCGAUCACACAACGAACGAAUAACUCGUCCACCUUCUACUUCGACUAA